CCCUCAUUGUGUUCUGGUUAGCUUGUUCCGCCCUCUGUCAAUUUUUUUUUCUCUUACUUUGAAUGUGUUACUGAAUCGGAAUUGGGACCUGUGCUGCUCUCUAACAGCAGCAGCUCACCAUAUUUUUCCGAUUCAAAUCACUUGUCUAUACCCAUUGAACGGAGUGUGAAAGAGAGAUUGAUUACUUUCGCACUUUAUUCAGCCCUUGUCCGUUGACUUCUGCAAUCCCACCCAGCGAGCCGGACUAUGGCUUAUUCGCCUGCUCCUCCAUCCCCAGUACAUGGCAGUGGUAUGCCCAUCAUGUCUAACAACAUGCAUUCCCGUGGACGCUCGACGAGCCCCCCAACCAGCGUGCCGCUGUCGAAACGGGACAAGCGACGCAGCGCGCUUCAGGAGCGCCUCCAGGACCUCACGGCUUCCUUCAGCCAAAAUCGAGACACUCAGUUUCGGCAGCAACUACAUGCCCUCCAAUGCGACAUGACUCUUAUCAACAAUGCGGAUCCCUACGAGCCCGGGCCGCUGCCCGACUCCGCGGAUGAGAUCGCACAGUUGAUUGAGAACACCGUCGGCGGGGGAAAAUUCGCCAAGGAGAUGGCUAGCCUGGCGGGCAUGUGGUAUUCGCGGUUCGUGCAGGAAGUGAACCAGGCCAAGGCCGAGAAAGAUGCAGAUUUGGCGAUGCUGGCGCAUCGUCAUACCAAUAACCUCGAGCGGUUCCAACGAGAAUAUGCCUUCCGCGUCCACUUCGCCGAAGAAGAAUACAAGCACCUUGCAAACACCCUCCGGGAACGUCUUGUCCAGACCAUCACCGGCAAACGGGCCCGGCUCAUGCGGGAGAAGGAGCAGCUGGACCUGGCCGACACCAACGCUCUGCUUCUGCACCCGAACCAAUUCAGUAUCACCAACCCCGCCAGUCCAGGCGGCAUACACGGCAACCGUAAGACGCGGCAUACCCGCCAUCGGGUCGACCUCGAGCUCGGCGACGGAGCCAUGGCAGAAUCUUUCAACCGACGGAAGAGAAAAGCACCGGAAGAGGAUGUUGGCUCCCCGGUGCGGGACUCGGGCCUGUCGUCGCACCCGGCGGAGCGCGCGAAAGCCCAGCUCGUGCAGCAGCAGCAAGCGCCCGCGUAUGCAAUCCAGAAUCUUUUCACGGAGAAGGAGCUCAGCGCGCACGCCAACCACGCACACGUGGCCACCGUGCACUUUUUCUCCACCUCCAAGCGCGCGGAUCAGCCCUCGGGGGCCGCCACCAACGGCAACAACACCGAUGCGGACGAGGGCUCUGGUGUCGACGGCACAGGCGCAGAAGACAACGGUACCCCGGCCACUGACAUGGCCCGGACGGCCAGCCAGAAUUAUCACGCCACGCGGUCGACCCGAGGACACGGCAACCAUGCCUUGAACGCCCUGGCUGAGCUGUCCGAUAAGCCCGCCGUGCGGCCCAACCUUCCGUACAAUAUUUUGGCCAACUACCACGCGCGUCCAAGCAAUAAUGGGGCGCCCCCGCUACCGCCACUCAUGAACGAGGAAGUUGACGACGACUGGGCUCGCAUGGACAGGCUGCACAAUAAGCCGACCGGCUUCGUUGACCGAGGCCUGGUGCAACUCCUCGUGGAAUCUAUCCCGGCCGAGGUAGACGGCAUCCCUCAGAACCCCAACCGGUUCAACAUGUUGCACCCGGACUUCCCAACGGACAUGGGGAUGCAUCUGUACCCUCUCGCGAAGGACACGGGAGACGGUGUCUACAGCAACGAACGGGCCAAGAAAAGCCGAAAUUAGGCGUUUGUCCGGUUCGCUCAUAUAGAAAAUCCGCGCAACCCGCACAUAUUACCGCCAUUGAAUUAUACCUUUUGGCCCUUCAAUACUUGAUUGAUCUAUUAUAUGCCUUGAAUCAUUGCAUUGCACGGAUACCAAAGAUGAUUGGGACACACGACCAUCACUGCUAUGCUACACCGAGUCUGUUGGCUUACUUAACACCUAUUUGACCUUAUCUUCAUACUACCACUUACACACACGGGAAUACAAACAGCGGGAGUAAACACGAUUCUUGACUUUUUUUGUUGGAUCUUAUUCUAUUUGCUUUUCUAUUGCUUACAGGCGUUUGGAC